UCGCUGGACGGGUUUGCGGGCAGCAAAGGCAUCCCCGUAUGGCGGCAGCGCACCAGUUCCACGGCCUCCUCCGCCUGCCGCCUCCCCGCCUCCUCCGCCCCGUCUUGGUGCCACCAACUCGCUGCCGCGCGCCCCCUCCCCUCGCCUCCCCGCGUGUUCCACACCCACCACGUCCUCUCACCGAGAAACGCCUCUCCAGCGCUUCCCAAGCCAAAAGUGAGACGGCGGCGGCGUUACUGGGGGAGGAGGAGGAGAAUGGAGCGGCGGAGCAUGACGCGCGUGAGGCGCGAGAAGGGGCGGAGGGAUACGUGGAGAGCGUUGGCGCCGGGGACCCCGCGGGCCCUCCGCCCCAUCACCUUGCGGUCCGCGCUGGUCUCGGGGACCCGGUGUUCUUCCUCCUGACCUUCGUCGCCGUCACGACAUCCAUUGCCUUCACCAGCAUGGUAGCGGUGGCGAUUCCUACGAUGCUCGCUAUGAGGAGAGCUGCAAAUUCAUUUACUCUGCUGGCUGACGCAGUUCUGGAUGAGUUACCGAGUACGAUGACAGCUGUAAGACUCUCUGGCAUGGAAAUCAGUGAUUUCACCCUUGAACUUAGUGACUUGAGCCAGGUGGUAGCAGACGGCGUGAACAAGUCUACCAAUAUUGUUCAAGCAGUAGAAGACGGAAUAGGACAAAUGAGGAAUAUAACUCGGCAGAAGACUAAAUAGAAUGGUAGACAAGUGAGGAAACUUGCGGAAUAUUACCAUCGCAGGGCCAGCUAAGUUCAAAUGAUUCGUCUAGCCAAUAACACCGACGAUAGAAGAAACGACCAACCAUUUGUUAUGACACUUUUCGCAAAAUUAGAUAGCCCCGUUGCGCCAAAUGGCGCAUAAGACUGCUUCUGGAUGGGAAGUGAACGCUUUAGUGAUAUACAGUUGUUGGUAAGCCACCUUGGUUGGCAUAAAAUGUGUCUCUUGGUAUGUGAGGUGUAGUGAGGAACUGAAGAUGUAACAAAGGGUUUUCGAAUUAUGAACAUGUCUACACUGUGUACUUAGGAUGCUCCAGUUUGAAAAUAUUGUGCAGCGCAUAAAA